GCCACGUGGGUGGCAGGCGGCAUGGAGGGCGAGCAGCGGCGUUUCGACUCCGGUGACCUGCCCGCUUUGCGCCGGAUCGUCUGCGAGCAAGGCCCGCUCUCCCGUCCCGACGGCUCCGUCUCGUGGAUGCAGGGAGACACUUCCGUGUUAGCUGGAGUGUACGGACCCACAGAAGUUAAGGUCAGCAAGGAAAUCUACGAUAAAGCGACCCUGGAGGUGCUGCUGAGGCCGAAAGUGGGCCUGCCAGGGGUCUAUGAAAAAAGCCGAGAACAGAUGAUCAAGAAGACCUGCGAGGCAGUGAUUUUGGGCAACCUGCAUCCCCGUUCCUCUAUUACGGUCGUGCUUCAGGUGAUUACAGAUGCAGGCUCUCUGCUCUCCAGCUGCUUGAAUGCCACCUGCAUGGGGCUGAUGGACGCAGGGCUGCCAAUGAGCUCGCUGUUCUGCGGCGUGACGUGCGCCUUGGACGCCGAUGGCAAUAUCAUCCUGGACCCCACUGCAAAGCAGGAAAAGGACGCCCCUGCGGUGUUGACCUUUGCCAUCGACAGCAUUGAAAAGAAACUCCUGCUCUCAAGCAUGAAGGGGGCGUGUUCCGAAGAACAGCUUCAGCAAUGCAUUGCAACCGCACAGCGAGCGGCCGACACCAUCUUCCACUUCUACCGAGAUGCUGCUUGUAGGAAGUACUCAAAGUGGUGACUGCUCUCCCCUCCACAAGUGCAACGGGGCAGACUGGCUGCGUCCCAACACUCUUCCAGCCGUGGUCCCCGUUUUCCAGAUGAUAAUGCACCGCGCGUGGACUGCUAUUAAGCCAGGUUGUGGAAGCAGCUGGCAGUGUGGAUGCCAGCAAGCUGGGAAUGGUGGCUACCUAAUCAUCGAUGACCCUCAGGAUCCAGGACUUCCAAAAUGCACGUGAAGUGCCCACUUUCUACCUCCAGAAAAGUUUCCGGUUUUAACCCAGUUCUUGCUCUACUCGGCCUACUAUUUUCCCACGUCCAGCAAAGCCCGCUGUUUCUGCUUUGUAGAACCGUUCUCUUCUUGGCCAAGUUACAGCUCCUUUCUCCUCGUCUCCUGCCUGGAACAAUAAUGCUGGGCCGUUGCAAAGCCAACCACUGGUGUUCUCCUUUCCUGCGGUCACCAGAAAGAAGCAAAGGGAAAAUUUAUCCUAUUUUGAUUAAUGCUCGCCAUAAUCUCAAAUUCUUGUAUCUCUCUGCCGAGUCAUUGGCCUGGCUCAUACAUCAGCUGAAGCCACCAAUUUUGAUAGCCCUGGUUGGUUGGAGAAGCAGUAUGCUAAGCCAAGGUUGACCAGCCUUAGGUGGAUCACCUGAAAAGGGUCACCUUCUGUGCAAAAAGGGUCAUCUUCCUAGCACCCCUUUUAGGGCCCUGUAUCUCCAAGUGGGCGAGGCCAACAUUUCUGGAUGGAUUUUGGGAUGUUGAGGGCAGCACGUUUUGCUCCUUACUCCCAUCAGAAACAGGUAACAGGACUUCAGCAAUGACCUAUUGAGUUUCUUUCCAUUUUUAAAAAGACUUCUUAAUCAGUAGAGGGAGCUGUAACACCAGCGGAAGAAUCUGUGUUGGAACCCCCUCUGUUAAUGAACAAAAAAGCUGCCAUUAAUUUAGGAGUCUUUAUUUUAUUUUACUUUAUUUUAUUUUAUUUGGCUGUGUCUGGUAAGAAAUUUAUGUAACAAAUAAAAUAGCAAAGAGGAAAUCCCAGCUGAGCCCUGUUUUUGGAGUGAAGCCCUGUUCUCUGUUACCCUCAAACAUUUUUGCGGACCACCACAAGUCCAGAAUUGGUAAGGCCUGACUAGGUGUGUAGACCCACGCCGGCAAGGGUGUCUGCAGGGAUGGGGGCCCCAACCAAGUGAUUGUGUGUUGCGAUACAGAUUUUAUGUGGAUCACGACACGUAAAAAAGGCAGGGCUUCAAUCACAUGGUUGGGCUUCAAUCACAUGUCCACCAUCUUGACAUUUUUUCCUCCCUCCCUGCAGAUACCCUUGCACACCAGAUAAGGAACUGCAGCAUUCCCAAAGUAUAAAUAAAACUGAAAUCUCUUGUCAGCACUGA